AUCACUGCAGCCGGGCUGGGGGCACUCUGGUCUGUGCCACCCUCCGAGCCAGACAGACGGCAGGACGGACGGGCGGACAGCUGCCUCUCAGACCACCGCGCAUUAUGGAGGUCUGCACGUUGGAAGAGGACGGGGUGGUUGUGGGGCAGGGAAGUGAAGAAAAUGGGGAGCAGGAAGAGGGGGGAAUGAAGGCCUCGUCUCCCACGGGUUCCAACACGGACGAGGAAACAGACGAGGACUCCGAACCAGAGCCUCCGCAGGUCAAUCGGAGGAAGGUGUCGUUCGCCGAUGCAUUUGGCCUCAACCUGGUGUCGGUUAAGGAGUUUGACAAUGCUGAAGUAACAGAACCAGAAGUCAGCCAGCCCCCUGAGAACGAGGCGACCCAUCCCUUGGAGGAGUUCUACAUGUCCUCUCUGUUUGCAGUCCCCUCAUCCCCAGAGGAGCUGGACCAGAGUCUCCAAGCGCAGAUGGUAGAGCUCGAAAGCAUCGACCUCCUUCCGGGAACCACCACGCUGCGUGGCAUCAUCAGGGUGGUCAACCUCUGCUACGGGAAGUCUGUUUACGCCCGCGUGAGCCUGGAUCGCUGGACAAGCUACUUUGACGUGCUGGCGGAGUACGUGCCCGGAUCCAGCGAUAGGAAAACAGACAGGUUCACCUUUAAGUACACUCUGGUGCCUCCCUUUGAGAGAGAGGGCACCAGAGUGGAGGUCUGUCUGCGUUAUGAAACUUCAGUGGGCACUUUUUGGGCGAAUAACAAGGGAAUGAACUAUGUGCUGUUCUGCCAUAAGAAAGGAAAAGUAAAGGAGCACGGGCCUCAAGCGCAAGAGGAGAGUGCGUUCUACAAGAGCAAGAGGAGCUGUCUCAAAGCUAACAGGAGGGGGAGUGCAGAGGAAACGACCUGGGAGACCAGUAACCUAUCAACAGCUGCUGCAGAAGCAGAGGCCACACAUAAAGCAGAGGAGGCUAACAGAAAGAACAGCACAUAUAUACAAUCAUUACUAUAUAAUGAAGAACACAAAACUUUGGUGGAUAGCAUAAAAAGCAGGCACAGAGCAGCACGUUUGGCACGCGUGCAGGAUUUCCUCUCCCAAAGGAGGCAGCAAGUACCAGAGGCACAUGACUCGGCCGAUGGCCAGAAAGUUUCUCGGCCUUUGCCAACGCCGUGGGGCGACUCUGCCAACUUUCUCCAGAAACGCCAAAAGAAACAAUCCAACGAGAGUCCACAGGUGCUCACCUACCACCAGAUUCCUCUGCUCACGCUGGACUGGAACAACGACAAAGCCCAUCAGUGGGGGGCGGCUGACACGCAUGACGUCUGGACUGGAGGAGCUAAAAUGACCUUGUCAAAUGCGUCAGAGGAAAAUAUAGAAGAUACACCUCCUGUCAAUGAUAUGUGGGGGACCUUUCGCAACGGUACAGAUGAUACGACUGAUAAAGAAGCCUCCGUGUGCGAUGUAUGGCAGGCAUUUCUUAAUGGGCCGAGCUGUACGGACCAUUCUGGUGUUCCGGAGUCAGAAUGGCUGCAGACGGCAGCGUCAGUGUCUCCCUCGAAUGAUAAAGAGCCCAAUGCCCAAUAUGCAGCGAGCAGUCAAGAGUGUGAAUUUCAGGUGGGCGCGGAUACACCCACCACCUCGCAUGCACGCACCUCAGCUUUAUGUCAGCUGCUGUCAGAUACUUGCGAAAUAUCAUUGGAUAAUGUUGCCUUGAACACUGAAGACCACGAGCCGGAGGAGGCAUGUGUCAGCAGCCCACGAGAUGACAACACAGCGACACGAGAUGCAUCCCAAAGGUCACAGACAAACUCCGUAACAGACACUCGGCAGGAAUUUUGCCUCGAGGGGGCAACGCCUGUGUCCGAGGGCUCUGCUGACAGCUCAACUGAGUGCCACAAGCAUGCGAUCAGGGAGCGAGAAAGAGAAGGAAUAAUGGGAAGAGCAGAAGGGAUAGGAAAGGAUGAGCCCUUCACACCACACGCAGCUGACUUAGUAACAAGCUCAGGGGAGUCAGAGACAACAGACAUGACAGCAAUGCCAGAGUCUCAGAAUGCCAGCGCCGUCGAUAGGAUCUCACAGGGAGCAAGGCUGCAUGAGGGUCUUUCUUCCAGCAGGGAUGGCGAGGUUACAGGUAGCGCACACAAUGUGAUGGAUGACACGCUGGCAUUUAGGGGGACAAUCAGAGAGGGGACAAAGGAUGGGGAGAGGUUUGUCUUUUCCACAUCCAGACAAGGAGUGGAGGGAGGGAUCACGAAUAACUGUACGGGAAAUAAAGUACCUACAGAUGAGGAGAUAUUUAGGCCACAGAAAACAGGAGAGUGUGAAAUCUCCCAGAGGUAUGCAGAUGAAAAGCAGCAUGAGGAAUUCAGGCUGAACCAAAACAGUGAAAAUCCAUUACAGGAGAACGAGAGCGAUGAAAAUGAAAUAAGACUCGCACAGACAAACGCAGAUGAAUCCAAUCCGAGCCAAACAUCUGAGGAGAAUUUCAAGCAAAGCCAAAUAAUGGCAUUCAAAUUGGAGGAAUCAGAGAGCGAAGAUGUUGCGUCAAAUAACAAAUCCUCGGAAGAGGUGGAACCUUCCUAUUGUACGACAAGCGACGAAACAAAGAGACUAAUUGGUGCAGAAGUGGGAAUUAUUCAGGUAUUAAAUGAGGAACAUAGUGACAAACUUAAUUCAUCAUGGCAGAGGGGAAAACCGUCAAUAAUUUCGGAAGUACAUAAUAAACAGUCAAGGCCAAUCAAAGCAGGGGAAGAGGUGGGCAUUCAGAAAGAGGAGGAUUCAAAUGAAACAAGUGAACAUGUAUUAGUCUCAAAUCAGAUUGAGGAAGGAAACGGUUUGAGUUGUGACGGAAUAAUUGAGGAGCAAGAGGAAAUAAUAAAGUCAGCACCAGAGACAAGACACACAGUGGAAUCCAGGGAAAUGAAAAAGGUCUUCCAAGGUGAUCAUGAUACAUUCAGACCUUUUCCAACAGAUAAAUGCAACCCAAACGCCGUUGAGGUGGUAGAAAUGAGAUGGACUCACUCACAGGACGAUAUGAAGGGUCAGAGAGAGGAUGUAGGCCGUGAAAUGAGCCAAGAAGAAGUUAAGGACGUUGUAAAGAAAGACACUUCAACAGAACUUCAACACCAACCUGAAACAUUAGAUAGAACAGAGGAAGAUAUGAGUCAGAGAGACAAAGAUGAGAGGGUGAGUAUUGGAAAGCUGGAAAUAGAAGAGCUGGGGGAGUUGAUGGGUAAUGUGGAGAACCCUCGGGGGGAGAGCGAGAACGCACCGGCUGAAUUGAAAGAACGAGAGUUGUCAGCAGAAGUUGAGAGCUCUCCACGUGUUGAAUAUCAUAAAUCGUCAGAGGGAACAAAAGACCCCAUUACGGCGGAAAAUAUCGUAGCACUUGAAGUGAUAGAGUCAGGAUCGGAGGAGGUGUUCAUAGAAAGAUUUGGAGAAGAUUUGGUAAGGGGGGUUUGGGAAGAGGUGUUCGGCCAGAAUAAAACAGAUAUUGUUGAUGGGAUGGAGAUCGAGCUGGCAGAUAUACCUGAUAUUACACAAGAUUGUCUUUUUGAGACAGACUUCAAUGAUGAUUUUGAUUCAGGUGUAUUUUCCUUGACAGAACUACCAACAGAUCCAAAUUUAAGUCUCUGUCAAGGCCUGGAACAAACCGUAUCCACUAAGAGCGAUGAAUACUCCCCGAAAGAGACGAGUCAGUCGCUCGCCACAGCAGAACCAAUUCUCUCAGAAUCACAGACAGAUUUGAAUUCAAGUGCUCAUCUCAGUCAAGAUCUCGCCCCCGUUUCAGCCGCUCAGAGUAGACAGUCAUUGACUGAGUCGGCCCAAAGCUCUCCGAAGGAUCGGGAAAACAGCACUCAAAUACGAGAAAGAUCAGUCACCCGUCAGGAGACAAGUAGACACAGAGAAGACUGCGUAGUCGCCCACAGGGAGAGUUUUAAUCGAUCGGCACACCCGGCUCACAAACAUCCGAGUUCCUCCUCUGACAAAUUAAAAGAGUCCGAUAGUGUUGUGUGGUUGAUGUUGGACAUCCUCAGUAACAUCACCAGACUGCUAAUCUGCGUUCUCUUAGUCGCAGGAUUCUUUUUCAUCGUUUCCCUGUAUGAUUUCUCAGCAUUAUUUGCGCUCUACAUAUUUUCAUUGUGUUGGUGGUUUUACAAGUGGAAGAGACAUCGAGUGACGACAAACAAGGAGAUGGAGGGAUAGUCUAAGAGUUAUUAAGAGGGUGUUAAAAGCUGCUGUGUGUAGCAUUUCUUAAUCAUAACUGUCAAAGUAACUGUAACAGUCUUCAAUAUCUUCAUACUGUUUAUUCAGAUUGUGAAGAUGAUUGGAAGCUACAAAAAUAGGUGCAAUAAAACAAAAUGCUACACACAGCACUCGUAGCUUGUGUGUUUGGUUGUGUGUUUUUAUAUUUGGUUGUUUCUAACUCUCAUUGAGUUUGGUGCAGUGGUUCCCAACCUUUUGUUUGUCUUGUGGCCCCUUAAAGCAAUGCCUAAGUGUGGCCCCUUGUCACUCGUACGUCUACCAAAGAGUGACUUUUGUGGUUUAUGUGUUUCAUUUAGAUGAUAUGAGGAAAGUAUGAAAAAAGAAACAUACUUUUGAUGCAGUAGAAAUGUGUUUUUUUCAACUUCAUUUCUCUCCUGUUAUGUCUCAUGGCCUUUACAUUUUUUCUUGCGACCCCUUGUGGUGGUCCCAAACCCCAGAUUGGGAACCACUGAAUUAGUGAAUCAGGGGAGGUUUGUUUUUUUGUUAAUCAAAUCAACAAGCAACUUUGCAUUCAAAUUUAAAUAAAAGUACUAGUUUUUUGUUUUCUUUGAUUUAAUCCACUUUUUGUUGAAUGUGUUUUAGUGUAAACAAUUAUAUGUAUGAUGUGUGUAUAUUUGCAGUGUUUUCUGGGCCCAAUAUCACUUUACAAUGCACCAAAUGGAACAAAGUGAGUAUGUGUUUGAUCCUUAUAAAUAAAGGAUGUCUUGAAUAGUGGGGCAUUGGAGAUUUGAAAUGUUUAUCUUUCUUGGAUUUUCUUCAAUAAAAGAAAAAGAACUUGAAACUUUUCGGGGGUCUUUUACAACGUAA